AUGAUCCGCAGGAAACCUGAGACACCCCCGUCGUCAUAUCUCUCCACACCCCCACCAGAAACGUCACCUCGUUGUUCUAUCGUCAUCUCAGACUGGGACGCCGACGACGAAGACGCCAUGUCUAUAGAAGACAUCAGAUCAUCUCGACCACCAAGUCUUGAAGCCAGCCUGCAAAAUGAAGGGCCCUAUCAUCCUCAAAGACCAACCCUCCCAGAUGUGCUCUCGAAUUCCGCUCCACCACCAUGGACGCUCAGCGCGUUCACCGCCUACCUCUCGCAAAAUCAUUGUCUGGAGAAUUUGGAGUUUACAAUGGAUGCCGAACGGUAUCGGAAAAGGUACGGUGCCUUGGCUGCACAGAUGGCUGGCAUGCCCAUGACACCUGAGGUGGAAGAAUGCCGGUACGUGAGGAUGCUAUGGCAGCGUUUGAUCAACGCCUACAUAAUGCCAGACUGCCCUCGGGAAAUCAACAUUCCUAGCAGCGUGCGCGAGAGAUUACUUCUACUCCCUAAUCAUUCAACGCCGCCGCAACCCGAAGAUCUGGAGGCUGCAGUCAAGAUCAUCUACAACCUCAUGGAAGAGUCAGUGUUGAUCUCUUUCCUGAACGAGGUCCCAUCAUCCAGAUCUCAACAACAGCAGCACCUCAGUCGGCAGAAGCCUGCCGAGGUCAAGCCUCGGAAACGAGGCGGCUCAGAUAGCUCAAACGAGAAGAGUUCAAUCAGGAGUAGAUCUCGAAAACGAACAUCUCCGACAUCCUCGCUCGAUGUCCCUUCGUCAGGGUCUAGAGAUGACCCAACUGGUCGUCUGACCCCCAUUCCUGGAUUCACGAGAGGUAGUCGUGCACCGAGUCACACAUCAAAUGGUAGCGGAGAUCCAGGGCUACUGGACGAUGAUUCUGCCAGUGUGUCAAGUCCGGGUAGAGAACCAAUGACACCACCAAACUCACCUCCUUCGAGCGAUUUCGGCGGACACAGUCCCAGAAAUCGCAACGAUAAUACUUGGAAGAAGAUGCUAGGAUGGAAGAAGAAGUCCAGCACCGGGAUGAGAGACGGUCGAUUUCCAACCCUUGAAGAUUGA